CAUGGCCAGCUCGGAACAGACCGCCUCAAGAGAGGCUCUGAUAAUUGUGGGAUAUGUCGUUCCCAUGGCGGGUAUGGUUUUGACCACAGGAAUGAGGCUGCUGGUUAAAAUUCGUGGUCCUGAUGAUCAUCUCCACACGGACGAUUACCUCAUAACACUGGCCACAAUGUUAGAAGUGGCUUACGCGGUGACAAUGAUGGCCUGUGGCUUGGGUCAUGGAUUCGGUAAACAUACGUCAAGCGUGGCGAUAAAGGACCUUGAGAUCUUCCUGAAGGGAGAGUAUGUCGCCAGUCACCUCUACAACGUCGGUCUCGCAGCGACCAAGCUCGGUAUCCUUGCCCUAUACUACCGCAUUUUCCCCGUACAAUGGCUGUCAAGAACAGUCAUGGGCUGCGCCAUCUUCAUUUGUCUCUGGAUAACAACCAUAGAGAUAUUCAUGGGAUUACUUUGUCGUCCGCUAGCUGCAUUCUGGAAUCCCGCUGUCAAAGGUCACUGCUUCGACGCUUCUGCCCUGUCGUACUACGUUAAUUGUUCCAAUAUGAUUACGGACCUGGUCAUCUUCGCCUUGCCAAUUCCUGUGAUUCUCAGGCUGCGCACGACUCUCACCAAGAAGAUUGCUCUGUGUAUCAUCUUCUCGAUCGGCUUCAUAACCUGCGCUAUAAGUGCAGCCCGGUUAGCUUAUGUCUUUGCGCAGACAUCUAGCGACAUCACCUGGGAAGGUGUUCCGCUCGCUGUCUUGUCUGCCUUCGAAUCCUUUGGAGGUAUUCUUUGCGCCAAUCUCCCAAUCAUCUACCGAAUUUUCCGUUCCGCCGCUCAAAAAGUGACCAGUCGCACCGGUAAUAGCUCGUCCGCCCCCAAAACACCACACCGGCAAUACGGCUACGGAUCGAACAUGUACGGCUCGAAGAGCGUUGGCCGCAGACACAGAGCUGUUAGCGAGGCUGACGACGAACAAUGGAUCCGGUUACCGAAUGGCAAUCUGUCGCACGGGACAACACAUGAGGCUGAGAACACAAUCGUGACCCAAGUGCGUGAAGGCUCACAUACGGAGGAUAGUGAAGAGGAUACAAUUGAGCUAGUGGUGAUGCCGAAGAAUGCCAUCACGGUUCAGAGAGAGUUCCACCAGAGUGUGGAAGAUAGUCAUUCGUCCUGA